GCCGCCUCCCUGGCCGACCUCCCCCACCGCGCGCACUCCACCAGCCUGGGAGCCUCGCCCUGCGCCACGAUGAGCAAAUGAGCGCGAGUGAGGGCAUGAGGUUUCAAUUCCACUCUGGGGAGAAAGUGCUGUGCUUCGAGCCUGACCCCACCAAGGCGCGAGUGCUGUAUGAUGCCAAGAUCGUCGAUGUUGUUGUUGGGAAAGACGAAAAGGGCAGAAAGAUUCCAGAAUAUCUGAUACAUUUUAAUGGUUGGAACAGGAGUUGGGAUAGAUGGGCAGCCGAAGAUCAUGUGCUGCGUGACACAGAUGAAAAUCGGAGGUUACAGCGUAAAUUGGCCAAAAAAGCAGUUUCUCGCCUGAGAGGUACAGGAAGAAAGAAGAGGCGCUGUAGGUUGCCUGGUGUCAACUCUGUCUUAAAAAGUGUGCCAGUUAAAGAAAAAGCUCAAAAUAAUGCAAACUCAAUAAGCAGCACCUGUCAUGAUAGCUGUGGAGAAAAGAAUGAAGAAAUAAAAGAACGUCAACGCCGUAUUAAAGUAAAGACUAAAGCGAAAAAAAAAGUAUUGUCGCUGCGCUCAAGAAAGGACAUGGAUGAAAGAACAAUAACCAUAGAUAUCCCUGACGUUCUCAAGAAGCAGCUUGAGGAUGAUUGUUACUAUAUCAACAGGAGGAAACGGUUAGUGAAACUUCCAUGCCAAACCAAUAUCAUAACAAUUCUGGAAUCCUAUGUAAAGCAUUUUGCUAUUAAUGCAGCCUUUGCAGCCAAUGAGAGGCCUCGUCACCAUCAUGCCAUGAUGCAUGCGCACAUGAAUGUGCACUAUGUCCCAGCAGAAAAGAAUGUUGACCUUUGUAAGGAGAUGGUGGAUGGAUUACGAAUAACUUUUGAUUAUACUCUCCCAUUGGUUUUGCUCUAUCCAUAUGAACAAGCUCAAUAUAAAAAGGUGACAUCGUCUAAGUUUUUUCUUCCUAUUAAGGAAAGUACCACCACAAAUAAUAGGAGCCAGGAGGAGCUGUCUCCUAGCCCACCUUUGUUGAAUCCAUCCACACCUCAGUCCACGGAGAGUCAGCCACCUACUGGUGAACCAGCCACCCCCAAGAGGCGCAAAGCUGAGCCAGAAGCACUGCAGUCUCUGAGGCGGUCAACACGCCACAGCACCAACUGUGACAGGCUGUCUGAGAGCAGCUCCUCACCUCAGCCGAAGCGCCGGCAGCAGGACACGUCUUCCAGCAUGCCGAAGCUGUUUCUGCACUUGGAAAAGAAGACACCUGUGCAUAGCAGAUCAUCUUCCCCCAUUCCUCUGACUCCAAGUAAAGAAGGGAGUGCUGUGUUUGCUGGAUUCGAAGGGAGACGAACCAAUGAAAUCAACGAGGUCCUGUCUUGGAAACUUGUGCCUGACAAUUAUCCUCCAGGAGAGCAGCCACCUCCCCCUUCAUACAUUUAUGGUGCACAGCAUUUGCUGCGAUUAUUUGUAAAACUUCCAGAAAUCCUUGGGAAGAUGUCCUUCUCUGAGAAGAAUCUGAAGGCUUUACUGAAGCACUUUGAUCUCUUUCUGAGGUUUUUAGCAGAAUACCAUGAUGACUUCUUCCCGGAGUCAGCUUAUGUCGCUGCCUGUGAGGCACACUACAGCACCAAGAACCCCAGGGCAAUUUAUUAAAGAUUUGAUAGCUCUGGAAAAACAGCUGCGUUAUGUGGCUUUAUACUUUAGUUUCAGGUGACAUGCUAAUGAGGUGGUAGACCUGCUCUGAGGGUACUCUGACAGAAACAGGCUGUUAUUUGAGUUGUUCGCAUACUAUUAUUUCUGUUAAGAAUUACUUUCUGAGCUCAGCAUGGUGGUCCAUGCCUAUGGGAGAGUCAAUUUAAUUAACUAAUCAAUGAUUUUUUUAAUGUAAUGAUUACUUCUCCUGGGUGCCUGAACGUAUUCCAAAGUAACACUGCUAUACAAGCUAUGCAUGCUAGCAGGAUAAAAACAGCCAUAGCUGACUUCAUAGGGAAACGUUCAUGAACGUAUACUUAGGUUAAACAGUGUUCUGGGAGAUAUUGCAGUUAGUUGUUAGCAAGAACCACAUUGUUGGAUUGUUUGUUAAUGUUAAACAAAAUGGUUUUGAAAACUGUUUUCUGUCCAACAGAUCUUAGUUUGUGCUUGGAAGCCACAAAGCACUCUCCAAGUAUUUUUGAGGGACUUGAUAUUGAUGGCAAAGGAGAACUUGCAGCUAUGCAUUGCUUCUA